AAAACGGGUUGAGUCAAAUAUAUUUUUCGCUAUUUAUUCAAUUAUAUUCAUCCCUGUAUUAGGCCUCUUCGUCGAAGGCACAAACAUUCCCCAAUUUUCUGUGCGCUUUUCAUCAUCUUCGUUUCAUUUCUAAUCAAUCAUCAAUCAUCAAUGGCAGAGAUCGAGUUGAAGACUGCACCAGCUGACUACCGUUUCCCGACAACAAACCAAAGUAGACACUGUUUCACUCGCUAUGUAGAGUUUCACAGAUGUGUUGCAGCGAAGGGUGAUGAUGCUUCUGAAUGUCAAAAGUUUGCUCAAUUCUAUCGCUCUCUUUGCCCGGGUGAAUGGGUUGACAGGUGGAAUGAGCAGAGGGAGAAUGGGAUAUUUCCAGGCCCUCUGUGAUCUCAUCAUAUGAAGAAAGCUGAUUUGGUGUGGGUUAUCACUUGUUUGCUUUAAAUUUUCUGAUUUUUUUUUUAAUUUUUCAAGAUUAUUUGGCUAAUAAGACGGCCGUUUCUUUCACAAACGUGAUGUCGGAUUCUUUUCACCACAUUUCUUGGUCGUGUCGGUUGUUUGUUCGUCAAUACUACUGUUCAUGGUACCUUCUGUUGGGCUACUUUUAGCUUGUUUGAAUCGUUCUCUUUAGUUAAAAGUUUACCUGCUUGAUCGAUUA